AUGAUCAGCACAAGAAGUGAUACACUGGUUGGCGUAGUUGUGUUAUUUGAGACACUAUCAUUAUGCUAUGGAAACACUGAUAUUGAAAAAGAGUUUUUGGAAAUUCGCAAAAAUCUUAAACGACAAGAAAUGGAAAUUAAAGAACUUAGAAGAGAAAAUCGUAAACUUCGCGCUGAUGUGAACAAACUUACAGCGGAAAUGGAUAAUCUCAAAAAUGUCGAUGACUUCAUUUCCGCUCGAGAUGAUUUGAUCAAGGACAAAAACAUCAGUAGAACCAUCGAGAAGACACAAACUACGAAAAAGUCUGCACUGGAUGACCCAAAGUCAAACAUGGAUCUCACUCGGAACACUAGGAUUGGGACUGAGCCUGUUGCGUUUUAUGCGUAUAUGUCAGCCCCAGAACCGAAUCCAAGUAUCGAUCACACCUUAGUUUUCGAUGUUGCAAAAACAAAUUUGGGCGGAGGAUACAAUGAAUAUAGCGGGAUGUUCUCGGCCCCUAGCUCUGGUGUAUAUGUAUUCUCUUGGACUAUUCAUACAGGAAGUCACGGACAGAACAGAUUCAUAAUUUACGUUAACCAUGACGAGGUAGAUUAUACUUUUGGCGAGACAGACAACAACGAACACGACUAUGAUUCCGAUUCUGGAACAAUGGUUGUGUCUCUAAACACUCAUGAUAACGUUUAUAUUCGAUCAGCGGCGGCUUCUUCUACAUAUGUGGUCAGUUACGCAAGCAACAACCUCAAAACAACAUUUUCGGGUUGGAAAAUAAAUUGA